AUGAACGCUCUAAAUAUAUGUACGACGUCGGAGCAAAUGUGGCUUCGAUGUGUUGAUCAUUUGAAUAAUCUGAGUGUAUGGAAUUACAAAACAUUGUCUGUAUUCGAUUCAUCAGUUCGUGUGUUUCGCACACCGUUAAACGGUGGACUUAUGGAUAUACAAAUUCCAUUCAAAACAAAUGGUGAGAAUCGUGUGAAUGAUACAUUGAAUGAACGUUAUAAUUUGUUGAAUAGUAAAGAUGCAAUUCAAAAGUCUUCUGGCCAGUCAAACGUGGAAACGGAAACCAGAAAAGUGCAUGUUCCGAAGUAUUUCAACGUGAAAGAAGCACUUGAUGCGAUUAAAGUUGGGUUGCCUGAUGAUGCAAUGCCGAUCAACGGAGGACCAAUCAUUGUUUUACAAUUACCAACGAGUGCUUGUGACCCCACCAAACCACCAGAAAAUCUAAAUCUUAUAGUAAUAGUGAAAUCGUGUGUCUAUUGUUUUGAAAAGCGGUUGUAUGCAAGAGAUACGUAUAUGAAAUCACACUUGUGGAAAGAUUUCCGAAUUCGAUUUGUUUUCGUCGUUGGACUUCCGAAACCAAAUGAAACGGAUGUGUAUCACUUCGAUGGAGUCAAUGUUGAUCUUCAUCGGGGUGCUUCGGGAUUCUCGAAACUCUACAAGAACUCACGAUGGAUUGCUGCUAAGAAGCUGUAUGAUGAGAGUCGAUUACUUUUUAAUCUAUACUUGUAUGUACAGAUUUCAAGUAAACAAGAUAGCACAGUUUACGGAAACAAAUCAUUGACUUUGUGUAUAGACGAUAUUUUUACUCAAGUUGUUGAAUCACAAAGUUCAUGGUUAGCAUUCAUUGACGCCUUGAAUAACUUACAUAAUGGUAAUUUUAAUCAAUCAAAAACAACUCAAAUAUCCACAGAAUUGUUCCAAUUCACAUACUUUUCUUUACCUAUAAACAAUACUACAUUAAAACUUCUUGACUUUAAAAAUCAUUUGAAAGUACUACCUGAAGCUAAAAAUACAACUUAUCACUUCAAUGAAAUUUAUAACGAAAAAAUCAAUAACAAUAAUGUUUCAAAUAUUGGAGAUGAUAAAUCUUUAAGUGGUAAACAUUAUCCAAAGUAUUUCAAUAUGACAGAAUACUUGAAUGCAAUGUCGACUGGAUUCCCACCGAACGAAGUCCCCGUAAAUAAUGGACAUUUAAUUGUUAUAGAAACCCCAAGAACUACUUGCGAUUCUUGUCACGAAAAAGAGAAACUAGGUUUAGUGGUUUUAAUCAAAUCUUGCAUAUAUUGCUAUGAACAACGGUCAUAUGCUCGUAAAACAUACAUGAAUAAAAGUCUUUGGAAUAAUCUAACAGUCAGAUUUGUAUUUGUUGUUGGAAUGCCAGUACCAAAUGAAACAAACAUUUAUCAUUUUGAUGGUGUCAAUGUUCAGUUAGACGGAAGAUCAUGGUGGGAAUCGAAAAAACAUGAACUGUCUCGGUGGUCAGUAAUAAAGGAGUUGAGAAAUGAAAGCAGAUUCUAUGGUGACUUGUUGAUUGGGGGUUUCUUUGAUACAUACUUCAAUCUGACGACAAAAAUGAUGUUAUCUUUUCGUUGGGCAUGUAUUUUUUGUAAAAAUAUGACACCAUUAUUUCUGUUUAUUGACGAUGAUUAUGUACUUCAUCCGAAUAACACAAUGAAACUCGUGAAGUCAAUUAAAAAUUCUGAGAUAAAAUCAUAUGUUGCCGGUCCACUACAUCCAACAUCAAUUGUGAUGAGACCAGAAAAUGAAGCUUAUAGUUCAAAAUGGGCUGUUUCACUUCAUGAAUAUCCAUGGAAUUAUUAUCCUCCAUACUUUUAUGGUAUUGGUUAUAUGAUUGGAGCUGACGUUGUAUGUGAUGUUUCCGUUACAAUGUCAUUUACACAAAAUCUUCGCAUUGAUGAUGCAUAUCUUGGCAUUGUUUUGGCAAGACUGAAUAAGAAACUCAAUCACCUUAAAGGAUUCAAUGUUCAAACUGACACAAAUUUUGAAGCAUCUGGAGCGGUUAUUAUACAAAAAUCAAAGGCUGAUCUACUAUUUUCGUAA